ACCCGCCCCGAAAACCCUCCCUUUCGAGACGGGGCGGAUUGAUGCCCUCCGGCCCGCCGGAGUCGAGCCCUCUUGGCCUCUUCAGCUAACUAGUAACUAGGAGUCGGACCAGGAGAAAGUGCAGACGGACGUGGAUCACGAGCUAUCGAAAGAUUUGAAGUUGGAAAAGUCUGAUGCUGCUAUGCGAGCUAUGAAGACGACUUUGGAGGCCGGAGCUGGUAUCGUCAUAAGCCGGAAAGCCAUUUCGUAUCCGUAGUGCGGAAGGGUCGUGAUAACGACCGUUUACGUCGGUCGUUGUAACCGGUAGAGCGCCACAAGUCGUUUUCGCGGGAAAUGUGUUCAUCUGAAACGCGUUCUUUCUCAGAAUUUUCAUUUACUUCUUCUGGUUGACGCGUUUUUAGUAGUUUUAUUUAUGUUUAUCGAGCUGGGGGAGAUGGGGAGGGAGAGAGAGGGAAGAACGAGCGAACGACUGGAUUAUUUGCAAAAAUUAAAUCGAAAUACGAAAAUAUAAAUAUUUUCGGUCUACUGUACUGUAGUAGUUUUCCUUGCACACAUGUACAUGGCAUUCAUAUAUUGGAUAGCGUUAGCGACUCUAUUUGAACAAAUAUAAACAAAUGUACUGGCAACGACGACCACAACAAAGUUCGGAAAUGGGGUUUUUUACAAGUAUCGAAUUAAAAAUGAAAACGACGUACUUGUUCGGGUGGUAGCAAUUUUCGCAUUUGGGAAUGUAAUCCCUUGCACGCUUCCCUUCAAGUAUAGAUGCAGUUUGUGUGCUCGGUUCUUUGUCCGCUUCAGUAUUUGCUUCUGAAUUCGAGAGAAACGCGAUUUUUCGAGUGUUUGUGUGCUUGUUAGCUUCUCUUUUCAGGGAGGUGUUCAUGGGUUUUCUUGGUUAGGUGGCUUUGGGACAACUUACGUGUUCAACUUUUAGAUACACGGUAUGGCUUCUCUUAGUUUUGGGCUCUGCUUUUUUCUAGUUUUCCGUUUCGGGCUUUUCUUUUUCAUGGUAGCUGUGAGCGUACAACAGUUUUGAUUUCAUUUCGUGUUAUUUGAGCUUUAUGCUAACUCUGCACAUUUUCGUUUUUUUUCUGGGUUUUAUGCUCAACUAUGGGAAGGGAAACGCUCAGCUUCUCUCUGCUUCUCUCUCUCCCUCCCCCUUUUCAGUGUUUACAUUUAAUUUUCUUUUUUGGGACUGUUAAUGCUUGGGUUAUGGGUUUUCUUUUGUUGUAUAUGAAGUUGCUUCCUAACUUUUUAUUAAUUUCUUGUUAAUGGUGAUUAAAUUCUUUUACUGCGGUUCUAUAUUUUCUCUUGAAUUUUCUGAUUAAGUAUUCUUUGUAGGUCCCAUUUUAAGAAUGCCCAUUUGACAACUUAUGUUCUGUAUGUUUUAUAUUGAUUUUAUAUUUUUCCCCGUCCUGAUUCAUUUGCCUGAUUUUGUCAGAAUUCUCAACGAUUUCUGCAUUUUGUUAUAAUGGCGUCGCCUUAACCCUGUAUAAGGAGAAUAGAGAAAAUAGUUUUUGAUUUUUGAGCAUCGUUCUGGGUUCGUUAUCUAAUGGGUAUUUUCUCCCCUAAUUUUUUGUUCCUUCUUACAGAGAACUGGUAAAGGAGUGGAAGAAUGGAUAUCCUUGAAACAGAUGAAACACUUGCAUUGCCGCCUUCAUCUUUAACUGUUGCUGUGGCUGUCAGUGGGAGUAAAAAAAGCAGAUUGGUGGUUAGAUGGGCACUGGACAAGUUCAUUCCGGAGGGAAGAAUUUUAUUUAAGUUGUUACAUGUCCGUUCAAGGAUUACUUCAGUGCCUAAGUUAGUGGGAAAUUCUAUUCCUAUUUCACAAGUGCGAGAUGAUGUAGCUGCUGCAUAUAAGAAGGAAGUGAAAUGGCGAACAAAUGAAAUGCUUCUACCCUACAAGCAAAUGUGUUCACAAAGAAAGGUGCAAGUAGAUAUUCUCAUUGUUGAAGCGGAUGAUGUGGCAAAGGCAAUAUCAGGAGAGGUUGCUAAUCUUGCUAUAAGCAGGCUUGUUAUAGGAGCUUCAUCACAUAGCAUGUUUACAAGGAAAUCCAAGGCCCAUAAUAUAUCCACAAGAAUCUCAGAUUGCCCUCCAAGAUUUUGUACAGUCUAUGUUGUUUCAAAAGGAAAAUUAUCAUCUGUGCGCCCAUCUACUUCAGAUACAAAUGGGAGCACCAAAGCUGAAUGUAGUGACAGAAGUAAUUCCACAUGUAGUGGUUCAACUUAUGCUUCCAGCUUUCGAACAGACCCAGGCUCAAGCUCUUUCAACUACCCUUCUCUACGGAUUCAGCGGUUUCAAGCUCUUUCAACUAUAAACCAAACCCUCCUUCAAAAAAAGUCAAAUCCAACUGACUCCAGUCAUUCUAGAGGUUCAUCUCUUGAUAUCAAUGAUAGGGAGGAUGUUAUGAGUUCUUUAUCUAGCAGCACGGAUAGUCAGUAUUGUAGAAGCAAGGUCCCUAGCUACAGAAGCUUUGGGACAGAUCAUGGAUCUUGGAAUUCUGAUCAAGCUUCCACAUCAGAUGCUCCAACAGAUUCUUCUCCACAAGAUGCAUAUAGAGAAUCUAAUAUUAACUUUGAGCUAGAAAGGCUAAGAAUUGAACUCAGACAUGUUCGAGGGAUGUAUGCAAUGGCUCAAAAUGAGAUUCUAGAUGCUUCCUGGAGAUUAAACAAUCUAAGUAAACAAUGGAUGGAGGAAGCAAAUAAGCUCAAGGAGGUGACCUUAAAGGAGGUGGAAGCUGGGGAAUUGGUAAGACAAGAGAAGGAGAAACAUGAAGCUGCAAGGAAGGAAGCUGAAUUCUUGAAUGAAUGUGCUGGAAGAGAAGCUUUACAAAGGAAAGAGGCAGAGGCUAAAGCCAACCGUGAAACCAGGGAGAAAGAAAGGCUUGAGAAGGUGCUAAUGGGUCCUGAUCAACAAUACAAGAAGUUCACAUGGGAAGAGAUUGUGUCAGCUACCUCAUCUUUUUCUGAGAAUCUUAGGAUUGGAACAGGGGCAUAUGGGACUGUUUAUAAGUGUAAUUUACACUAUACUGUAGCAGCAGUAAAAGUCCUACACUCAAAAGAGAAUCACAGGACCAAACAGUUCCAACAGGAGCUUGAAAUCUUGAGCAAAAUUCACCAUCCCCACUUGCUGCUGCUUAUUGGUGCCUGUCCCGAUCAUGGUUGCCUGGUUUAUGAGUACAUGGAGAAUGGUAGUCUAGAUGAGAGGCUUCUUCGGAAGGAUAAUACACCCCCAAUCCCAUGGUUUGAACGGUAUCGAAUAGCUUGGGAAAUAGCAUCAGCCCUGGUUUUCCUACACAGUUCAAAACCAAAGCCAAUCAUCCAUCGUGAUCUGAAACCUGCAAACAUCUUGCUGGAUCAUAACUUUGUGAGCAAGAUUGGUGAUGUAGGCCUUUCUACAUUGCUUCCUUCAUCCCAUUCCUCAGUGGCUACUCUAUGCAAGAACACAGGCCCUGUUGGGACACUCUGCUACAUAGAUCCUGAGUAUCAAAGGACUGGGUUGGUCUCACCAAAGUCUGAUGUUUAUGCAUUUGGGAUGGUGAUAUUGCAGUUGCUAACAGCAAAACCCGCUAUGGCACUUGCCCACAUAGUGGAAACAGCAUUAGGUGAUGGACACUUAAUUGAUAUUUUGGAUCAUGAGGCUGGGAAUUGGCCUAUUGAAGAGACACAGAAAUUAGCUGUUUUGGGACUAAGCUGCACAGAACUACAACGUGGUGAUAGACCUGAUUUGAGGACUCAAGUUCUUCCGGUUCUGGAGAGCUUGAAAGAGAUUGCUGCUAGAGGAAGAGGUUUGGCUCCUGGUGGUCUCCAACCAUCCCCUCCAAGCCACUUCAUCUGUCCAAUACUUAAAGAUGUGAUGGAUAACCCUUGUGUUGCCGCAGAUGGAUAUACAUAUGAUCGCAGAGCAAUAGAGAUAUGGCUUGCUCAAAAUGAUAAAUCACCAAUGACAAAUUUGCCCUUGCCUAAUAAAAACCUUUUACCAAAUUAUACUCUCCUUUCUGCAAUUACUGAGUGGAAGUCCACUAAACAAUGAUAUUGACCCUUCAAUUCACUAUUCUUUUGCAGAGACAUUGUCUUACCUGAAAGAGAACCGUCAAUGGCCCAACUAUACUGUCUCUGCUGUUAACUUCUUCGGUAAUAUUUUGACUGUUCACAUUUUUCUUUGUAUCAACAGGGACUUACCUCUUUUGUAACAGAACUUGAAGGCUGGAUUUGAAUAGAGGAUAGAACAUAUGUAAAUAACCAAAGGACAUAACAAAUAAAAUUGGUUCAGCCUGUAUGGAUUAAGAAUCAAAACUGAAAACAAAAGUAUUGUUUAGAACUCAGACAAGUCAAUGGUCUUAAUGCUUUGUAAAUUACACUUGUGUUAUAAGUAUGAUACAACUGUGAAUUAAAUUAUCUAA